AUGCUUGCCCCACCACUGGAUAGCCUAGGAAAAGACAUGGAAUGCGAGGAGCAGUCCUCGGACAGUUCCUUGGACAUUGUAAUAAAAUGGAAUGGUAAUGAUUAUGAUGUAAAAAAUUUGAACACCAAUAGCGAUGUGAAAACGUUAAAAGAAGAAAUAUUUAAAUGUACUGGCGUAAGGCCAGAAAGGCAAAAGCUUAUCAAUUUAAGAAUAUCUGGUAAAAUGGCACCAGAUGAAUGUUUAUUGAAUACUAUAAAUCUUAAAACUGGUACAAAAAUUAUGAUGGUUGGUUCAAAAGAAGAAGACAUAGCAGAAGCUAGUGUGGUUCCACCUAAAAGAGAAAAAGGUCGAAAAUGUAAAAGCUAUGAUUCAGAAGAUUUUGAUGAAGAACGUGUUGACAAAAUGGAAAUUCAUUUAGCCAAAGUACAAAAUAGAGUUGAUAAUUAUGAGAUAAAAAUGCUUAAUGAUCCUAGACCUGGCAAAAAACUAUUGGUUCUUGAUAUUGAUUAUACACUGUUUGAUCAUAGAUCAGCAGCAGAAAGUGGAUUAGAACUAAUGCGACCAUAUUUACAUGAUUUCUUAGAAUCAGCUUACGAAAAUUAUGAUAUUGUAAUUUGGUCUGCAACUGAUAUGCGUUGGAUAGAACGUAAGAUGACUGUUUUAAAUGUAACCAAUAAUGUUGCAUAUAAAAUAAUGUUUUACUUAGAUAAUGCUGCAAUGAUUACUGUACAUACUCCUAAAUAUGGGGUUGUUUCUGUAAAGCCAUUAGGUGUGAUAUGGGGCAAGUUUCCAAAUAACUAUAAUAAACAUAAUACAAUUAUGUUUGACGAUAUUCGACGUAAUUUCUUGAUGAAUCCAAAAAAUGGUCUGAAAAUUCGUCCAUUUAGAGAAGCUCAUUUGAAUUGGGAAAUGGACAAAGAAUUAUUGUACUUGGCUCAAUACUUGGUUGAAAUUUCCAAACUUGAUGAUUUUUCAAAGCUUAAUCAUAGAAACUGGGAGAAAUUCAUUAAAAAAGGGCAAUAUAAAAAAGAAAAACGACAUAAAAGAGAUAGAACUGAUAGCAAUGAACCUAAACCACCUGAUUCUCAUCCUAAAUUGUGAUGCAUAAAAUUAUAAUGUAUGAGUAUGUGUAUUUAUAUAUAUUUUGAAUGAAAUAAGAAUAUUUAUUGUUA